UAAUCAGGAAAUAACUUUGUCAGGUGUUGGAACUGCUUCAGGUAAAGAUUAUUUCUGAAAUAAUUAAGAUGGAGAAGAAGGAAAAUGUGAAUGAAGAUGACACGUUUGUGUCAUCUGAGUGCGCGGUAAAGAAAGUUACCGUCUACUCAGACCGUGCAGAAGUAUGUCGUCUUAUCGAAGCAGACGUGAAAAAGGGCGUCAACGAAAUCGUCCUGAAGCAGUUGCCGAAGUGUAUUGAUCCGGAUUCAAUCAGAGUGGAGGGGAAGGGGUCUGCGACGAUUGCGGAGGUGUCCUAUCAGAUGAAAUACCUGCCCAAGGAUGAGGCCGAGAUCACCCACCAGGAGAAGGAGCUCACUGACAAGAUAGAGAGUCUCAAGAAGGAGAAAGACGAACUGGACGCUAAACUUGGGGUCAUCGGCAAGCAGACGGAAGUCCUAGACAACUUCGCCAAAACUGCAUCCAAUGUUGGCUCUACUAAGAAUGCUACCCCGCCUGUUUUAGACUCAUCAUUUUUCAAAGGAGUUGGUGAGUUUCUGCAGCUGAUUGGGGACCAGGGGAACACACUGGCGAGCGACCGGCUGGAUAUUGAACGGCAGGUGACAGUGUUGAAUGACAAGAUCACGGCAGCUAAUGAAAACCUCAACAAGCUGAGGGGACCCAGGACUAAUCUACAAGAAUCUAGAGAGUGUACUAUUGUUCUGGAGUGUGAAGAAAAGACCAAGGUACUGCUGACUGUUUCCUAUGUGGUCACUAGAGCGGCCUGGAUACCAAGCUAUGAUAUUCGCAUGUUCACCGCUGAGGGAACAAUGAAGAUCUUCUAUUACGGUCAGAUCAAGCAGUCUACAGGCGAGGACUGGAAUGAUGCCAAGCUCUUCCUGUCAACGGCCACGCCAAGUGUGGGGGGAGUCGUGCCUGAGCUGUCAGUCCAGCUUCUUUCUGUCAAGUACAAGUAUGCAUCAGCAAGGAAGAAAACAAGAACCUUUUCCAUGAGACAGUAUCGCACUAUGGAUAAUGAUGCAUACAUGUAUGAUGAUCUACAACCAUGUGGUAUAGAUGAUUAUUGUUUGAACACAAGUCUAUCUGCAGGAUUGAUGGAUGAUGAACCUCAGUUUGAACCUGAGGUUGCGCAUGCUACCUCACAGGUGAACGAGAGCACAACAAGCGCUACGUAUGAAAUAGCUCGGCAGUCCAGCAUCCCCAGUGAUGACGUGGCUCAUAAGGUGUCUGUUGGUAUCCUCGACUUGAAGCCCAAACUGGAGUACAUCACAAUGCCGAAGACCGUGCCCCACGCCUUCCUGCGGGCCCGCAUCACCAACACAUCACAGUUCACACUGCUGCCCGGGUCCACCAGCAUAUUUCUCGACAACAGUUUUGUAGCAAAGGCCAAAAUAAAGGCCGUCUCUCCAGGAGAGGAGUUUGAGUGUUCGCUAGGGGUCGACCCAGCGGUGAGAGUGACGUACAAGCCACUGAGUAAGUUCCGUGAGUCGUCGGGCAUCUUUUCGAAGACUGCGUGCACCAAGUACAAGCAGGUGACGGAGGUGAAGAAUUCGCACGACUACGCGAUCAGCGUCGAGCUGCGAGACCAGCUCCCACGAAGCAGUGACGAGAAGAUCAAGGUUACUCUGAUCGAGCCAACAAUAGACAUGAAGCACCCCGAGAAGAACCAGGAUGUGAGCUUGACAAAGAACAACCAUGUGGUGUGGCAGCUCAAACUGGACAAGCAGGAGACGAGGGAGAUAACUCUGAGAUACUCCGUGGAACAUCCUGCCAGUGAGGAGAUCGAAUCCAAGGAGGUCUUUCAGGAUUAGUCAAACUGUCAGUUAAUCCUUCUGUUAUAGUGAUAUCAUCAUUCUCCAGUCUGUUAGUGAUGUCGUCCUACUACAAUCUGUUAUAAUGAUGUCAUCCUACUAGUCUGUUAGUGAUGGCAUUCUACUACAGUCUGUUAUAGUUAUGUCAUCCUACUACAGUCUGUUAAAGUGAUGUCAUCCUUCUUCAGUCUGUUAUAAUGAUGUCAUCCUUUUUCAGUAUAUUAUAGUGAUGUCAUCCUACUACAGUCUGUUAUAGUUAUGUCAUCCUUCUCCAGUCUGAUAUAGUGAUGUCAUCCUUCUUCAGUCUGUUAUAAUGAUGUCAUCCUACUACAGUCUGUUAUAGUGAUGUCAUCCUACUACAGUCUGUUAUAGUGAUGUCAUCCUUCUUCAGUCUGUUAUAAUGAUGUCAUCCUACUACAGUCUGUUAUAGUGAUGUCAUCCUACUACAGUGUGUUAUAGUGAUGUCAUCCUUCUAGUCUGUUAGUGAUGUCAUCCUACUACAGUCUGUUAGCAAUGUCAUCAUUCUCCACUCUGUUAUAGUGAUGUCAUCCUACUAUAGUCUGUUAUAGUGAUGUCAUCCUACUACAGUCUGUUAUAGUGAUGUCAUCCUUCUACAGUCUGUUAGUGAUGUCAUCCUACUACAGUCUGUUAGCAAUGUCAUCAUUCUCCACUCUGUUAUAGUGAUGUCAUCCUACUAUAGUCUGUUAUAGUGAUGUCAUCCUACUACAGUCUGUUAUAGUGAUGUCAUCCUACUACAGUCUGUUAUAGUGAUGUCAUCCUACUACAGUGUGUUAUAGUGAUGUCAUCCUACUACAGUGUGUUAUAGUGAUGUCAUCCUACUACAGUUUGUUAGUGAUGUCGCGCUACUACAGUAUGUUAGUGAAGUUGCCCUACUACAGUCUGUUAGUGAUGUCAUCCUACUACAGUCUGUUAGCGAUGUCAUCCUUCUCCAGUCUGUUAGUGAUGUCAUUCUUCUACAGUCUGUUAGUGAUGUCAUCAUACUACAGUCUGUUAGCGAUGUCAUCCUUCUCCAGUCUAUUAGUGAUAUCAUCCUACUCCAGACUGUUAUAGUGAUGCCAUCCUACUCCAGACUGUUAGUGAUGUCAUCCUACUACAGUCUGUUAUAGUGAUGUCAUUCUAGUUUGACGUGAGCAUUUGCUCUCUAUCUCUAUCUCCACACGCAGAUAGUACUCAAAAUUAAUUUGAAUUUGACACUGAAAGUAUCUGUUCUCUUACAUAAUAAUUUCAGGAGAGCAAUUUACUGCUUAUACCACCGAUUUUCAAACCAUAAAAUUUUACAUUAGUUUUGUUUUAACAAUGGAUGUCUUAUGCCAUAAUCAUAACUAAGAUUUGCUCAGUUAUUUAGAAAAUAUAAUCUACCUGUAGUAUGAUUAGAAUGAAUGUUUGCCUUUAUAGGUAUGAUUUUGAUAAUUAUGUGAUAAUUUAUCAUGUCACAAUAUUGAAGACAAGUGUUUUGGUUACCUUGUGGAAUAAGGGAUUAUGUAUUAUGGGAUCACAUAUAUUUGGUUGUACAUUAUAUUUGUAGAAUCAGUACUAUAAUUUGCUGUCUGUACGAGUUUGAUGAUCAUCUUUGAUAAUUUAAGUCACAGUAUUGUUUUGUUAUUUUGUGGAAUAUAAGAGUUACUUGUAUUGCCAGGGUAAGUAGGGUCAUGGAGGCUUUCUUUAAAAAUCCUCUGAAUUUUGUCUUGUAUACACACGAUUUUGAAUAUGCUAAAAAAAUGUUUUGUGAUUUUGAAAUCUGUACUAUGUACUAAAAUGGCAGAUAGCAUUUUUUUUAACUGAUCGGCAUUUUCAUAUGUACAUCUGAAAAAGGAUACUUUCAUGUAUAGCUGUUAAUUUACAUUAUAUUGGUCAUAUUGUUGUUAUUUGUUAGACUUGUGUUAGGACUGCUAGCAGCACUCGAGAGGGAAUGCACAUGCUGAGAAGAGCCCUUUGCUGAGAACAUCCCUUCUUCCACCAAAUGUGCUGGUUAUAUAUUAACUGGUGACUGUAAAGAAAGACCCCAAGAUUCUCAGUUUGUUGGCUACAUAUUUUACUAUUUUUAUAUCCUUAUAAAUAGUGUCAAAAACAAACUUCUACAAUUAUAGAAUGUUUGUGGGUUUUAAAACAUAAUGGGACCAUUCAUGAGCAUCAAUAUGAUGACAAGUGUACCAACUGUAUGCUUAGUGGGGAGGGGUCAUUCUAACUCAAACCUCACCAAUUAAGGAGAGCUAUAACUCGUUAUGCAUCACUCCCUUGAGACUAGUUCAAGGAGAUUCAACUUUUAACUCCUGUUAUCAUGUGAAUUUAUAUGGUAUCAAUAUGUUAAUUUCUUAAAUCACUUCCCAUAAGUCAAGGAACCAAUUACUCACUUCUCAGGGGUUUUAUCGUAGUGAGAUCUGCUGACAUAUGCAGUUUAACCAUGUCAACAGAUUUAUCGCAUGUGAAAUCAAAAUGUUUGGUAAAUACUUUUACGGUAGGUGGAUGCUUGGGCUAGCAAGUUUUUUUAAUACCCUUUGUUUGGUUGUGGAUAUUUAGAUAGCUCCAAACCAGUUUGAAUUUUGGACAUGGUAUAUCUGGAAUAUAUGUAAUACAAUGUACCUGUGUCUUAAGGUAGACAGAUUAGACCGUCAAAGAAUUAAGUUUUUGUUUUUUUAAAUAUUUAAUUCCUAUAGGUUCCAUAUACUAUUGUAUGUGCCUUUCAAGCCGUUUCCACAGCUGCCUUGUAUGUAAUUAUUAAUUCUAAAGUAUAUAUUUAUAUCUCUUAUCUUCAGAAAUAUUGACAAAUGCAUCUCUUUUAUGAAUUCUAUAUUUUAUGUGCAUUAAUUUUGUUAUAAGAUGUUAUGGUUUUAUAGCGGUGUAUGUAUUUUUAAAAAUGUUGUAUGUAUAUAUUUAAUAUACAUGUAAUCAUUCUACCUUAAUGUGUUCUGAAUUGUGUGUUAAUUAUAAUGUACUAUUACAUGCCAGAGAAGUUCCUUGAGAUUUAUGUUUUCCUAUACACAUACAUGUACAUCAUUAACUAUUGUCAGUUCACAUGCAGAGAGACUGCAAACUAAAGUUUAAAACAAGCAAUUGUCUGUUUGACCUGUGCUCUGUUCCACGAAGCGAUCAUAGCGCUACAAUCACCAUAAUUGCAUAGGGUAGCUAUGCACUUAAGGUGAUCUUAGUGCUAAGAUUGCUUCGUGGAACGGGACCCUGGCAGGUAAAAAUAAAAUGUGUUCACAGAUUGUACAUCUGGUGGACCAGAUAAAUUUGUACUAUUAAUGUCAAUAGAAAUUUCAAUAACAUGUCAACUUGAAGCAUACAUUUUUCCUCCAUUCUUAACUCUUAUCCAUCCAGCUUUACAACCACAAAACCCAAGUGUCCAAUGUGAAAUAUGUUAUUUUGAACCUACAUUUUCAACCUCAAAUAUUAAAAAACAACUAAUGUAACACUCUCUUGAUGUGUGUAAUAUUAUUUGCAGACCUGAAAAAGCUCUAAACAUUAAUUUACACUUAUUUGAAGAAUUAAAUUCCAAUGUCUGCUACACCACCCACCCACCUCCUUUUAUUUGGAUCAAUUGGGUUUUUUGUUGGUUUUUUAAAUUAUUUGGAUCAAUUUUAGUGAAGAUUCACUCUCAUGCCCCAAAGUAUCACUUGUGUAUGAAUGAGGCAUAAGAUACAAUAUUGUUUGUUUACAGUUAACCUAUUGAUAGUUUUUAAACUGCUGAUCCCAAUAAAAAAAAAAAAAAAAAAAAAAAAAUAUAUAUUAUUAUUAUUAUUAUUAUUAUUAUUAAAGAAUUA